ACGAUCUGUGCGAAUACAGCUCAUCUACAAUCUAUCGGAGCUGAACGAUGGUACUUUGAACUAACUGUAUUUUUCUUGUGGAGAGGUACACGGUCAAGUGAGCGCUCGUGCAGCCUGCACUCAUGAGAUGUUUUGGACAGCUAUGAGGGGUUACGGAGAGAAAUGGUAAAUUGCAGCAAAGGACACUGUUGGGAAAUGACGGGUUCCGAGCACCCGAGCUGUAUGUAGAAGCACUGUGGAGCAUUGAGCUCUGUUAUCCAAUGGAAUGCAGAAAAGACUGCGGAACUGCCGCAGUGAAUGUGGUUGCUUUGAUUCGCUAAAAAACGGAUGCUACAAACAGUGUAUUUCUAGAAAACAAAAUGUAUCUGUAAGCGAAUUCCCGACGGAAGUCUUAUUUGUUUGAAAAUCACAAAAGUGUAAUCCCUCAGCCAAAGGUAAUGUAAGCAAAACCCAAGGCACGCGCUCACAAUAUUUUGUUGAGCAGUUUUUCGAGCGUCUUAAUCACUGUCCAUGGUCCAGAUCCGCGCGGGAUGGUCGAGACGCUGAGCAUUGCCGUCAUCGGAGCGCCUGGAGUCGGGAAAACUUCUAUCAUCCGUCAGUUUAUUUACAAUGACUUCUCUGAGACUUACACCCCCACCCAAACGCGGUACAUGUACAGACCCUCGGUCAUUCUCAACGGUGUUAUGUACGAACUGAAGAUUUUGGACGUCCCGCCAAUUUCCUCCUUUCCUUCGAGCCCGAGUCAGGAGUGGCUGGAUGCACGGUGUAGAGGAGUCCGCAGUGCAAACGCCUACAUUCUGGUGUUUGACAUCUGCUGUGUGGAGAGCUUUGAGUAUGUCAAAAUGAUCCGACAGCAAAUCGUGGAAAACAGAGUGGGCAGCAUCAGUGAAGUGCCCAUCCUGGUGGUGGGCAGUAAGAGGGACCUGCAGCGGCAGCGGUUCACCCAGCGCAGGGCUGUGUCUGUACUGGUGAAGAAGACCUGGAAGUGUGGUUAUGUUGAGUGCUCUGCCAAAUACAACUGGCACGUGCUUCUGCUCUUCAAAGAGCUCCUGGGAAUUGCUGUAGCACGAGGACUUCAUCCAAACCAUACCUCUAUUCGUCUACAAGGGGCAUUGCACAGGAACCGCUGCAAUGUCAUGUGACAGAAAGAAACAGGAUGUAGCCUUGGCUAAGACACUGUUUGCCCCUCAUGGUGGGAGAUGACUGUUUAUGCUUAUUUAGAACCAGUUUGUCUGAUCUUAUUCUUAACAAUUUAGUUUAAAAUGGCAAAAUUGGUCUUAGAUCAGGAUUGAAAGUCAAUUUACUACCAGGAUGAAUCUUUGGUAAAUAAGGACAAACUGUCAAUCAAAAUGGCUGGAAUAUUAACACCUAGGGGCCUCUGUAACUGAUGCUUAAUCUGAUGGAUUACUGAUUUCAAUUUUCCCAGCGUACUCCAACCAAUAGAAAACUAAA